CGAGCACUCGCGAAAGAGAGAGUUGCCUCUGAUUUUUUCUUCUUUCUUUUUUUUUUCUUUUGGAGAAGAGAAAUAAAAAAUUGCCAGUGCAGAUUCGUUUUCGUCUUUUGUUUUUCUUUUUUUUUUUCUUAGCACUUCGGUUAAAAUCCCUACGCGGAUGAGUGCGCAUGUAGGCAUUCUGCUUGAGAUGUUUUACGAAACUUUAAGGAUGAUAUACCUUGGAUGUUUCCUGUUGCUCUGUGGGCUUACGCAUGUCAUGGCAAGCUAUCCUAUCUGGUGGUCACUAGCAGUCGGCCACCAGUACUCAUCACUGGGCACUCAACCUAUCCUUUGUGGCAGCAUACCAGGCCUGGUGCCCAAGCAGCUGCGUUUCUGCCGGAACUAUGUGGAAAUCAUGCCGAGUGUGGCUGAGGGGGUGAAGAUUGGCAUCCAGGAGUGUCAGCACCAGUUCAGAGGCCGACGCUGGAACUGCACCACGAUCAAUGACAGUCUGGCCAUUUUUGGUCCAGUGUUAGAUAAAGCCACUCGAGAGUCAGCUUUUGUUCACGCUAUUGCCUCGGCGGGAGUGGCGUUUGCGGUGACCCGUGCCUGCGCCGAGGGUUCAGCCAACAUCUGUGGAUGUGAUACACGUCACAAAGGGCCCCCUGGUGAGGGCUGGAAGUGGGGUGGCUGCAGUGAGGAUUUGGAGUUUGGAAGCAUGGUGUCCCGGGAGUUUGCUGAUGCAAGAGAGAAUCGGCCUGACGCACGCUCAGCAAUGAACCGCCAUAACAAUGAAGCAGGGAGAAUGUCUCUCAACGACAACAUGUUUCUGAAGUGUAAGUGCCAUGGACUCUCUGGCAGCUGCGAGGUCAAGACAUGCUGGUGGUCUCAGCCUGACUUCCGAGUUGUUGGGGACUACAUGAAGGACAAGUAUGACAGCGCUUCUGAGAUGGUGGUUGAGAAACAUAAGGAGUCCCGUGGAUGGGUGGAGACCCUGAGACCCAAGUACAACUACUUCAAACCCCCUACAGAGCGCGACCUGGUUUAUUAUGAAAGUUCACCCAAUUUCUGUGACCCCAAUCCUGAGACCGGCUCCUUUGGCACUCGGGAUCGCAUCUGCAACCUGACGUCCCACGGCAUAGACGGAUGUGACCUCUUGUGCUGCGGCAGAGGUCACAACACAAGGACUGAGAAAAGAAAGGAGAAGUGUCACUGUAUUUUCCACUGGUGCUGCUAUGUCAGCUGUCAAGAGUGCGUGAGGGUGUACGAUGUGCACACCUGCAAAUAGAGAGGUUUUCGUCUUUUCUCACCAAAACAUAAUGACUUCACUGGGUUGAAGAACAAAUGCAGAUUCCCACCUGCAAGACCAGAGAGACUGUAAAGCUCUGUGACAUGUGUGCGGACAAAAACACAACUGCCUCGUGUUUUUGUUUUGAUGCUACAAAGAGUGAGUCUCUGCCUAAAUUAACUGAAACAGCUGAGUAGGUGUCAAAGUCCACGGACAUCACCCUGAUGGAUGGAUAGUUGUGAUGAUGGCAAUAAUGUUGAUAUCCAUACCGAGCAUGAAAAAGGUGUCCUGAUGUAGGAAAGGAGAACUUGACAAACACCAUAUUGGUGAUUUUUUUUCCCAGUGUAGUUACUUUUAAUCAAGAAUAGUCCAGCACUGCCAAAGCUUUCAAAUCUGCAAGGCAAAAAAAAAAAACAUUAAAAAAAAGGCAUUUCGUUGAAAGUGAACGUUUCCUUCAAUGUUUAAUCAUCGCUUGUUUUUGCAGUGAAAGG